ACGGAGAAUUUCGGACUCGCGCGAGUAGAAAAAUGUUCUCAUCCUCGCUCCCUGACGUUGGCUCGCCGGAGCCGCGGUACACUGAGGUCGCAGUCAGCACUCGUCUUCAUCCCUGAAAAGCUCUAGCUCUCGGUGGCGUGGAACUCCGAGAUCGAAGCGGGCGGCUUCGCAUGAAAGCUCCGAACCCAGCAGAGAUGCCUCAGAAAUUGCUCCCAUCGCACCAAGAGUCCCUCUGGCCCGGAGAUCCAUUCGAUUGGAGUGUGGAGCAAGUUUCUGCAUUUAUCUCGCUUCAUGACCCUGCGGCCACGAAAAUCGCUAGUGCUCUGCGUAGGGAGGAGAUCGACGGACCGGCUUUCCUCUUGCUCACCCAAGCCAACUGCUCCAGAGGAUUGAACCUCACUCAGGUCGAGAUCGCCAAGUUGUGCCACAUUGUGGAGGCAGCGAAGACCAAGUUCGCGCAGUUGCACAUAGAGCCGUACCUGUGACAGGUGUUCGGAUGCGACCAAACCUGCGCUGGUUCUUUCCAAAUUGAGUCGUCGGUCUGUAUAAACGAGCUGUAUAUACCUGUUCAUAAAUGUGUCGGUACGACUUCUCGACGUGUGCGAGAGGUUCGGGGAGGACCGGGAAUCGACAGAAGUUCCGUCAAUAAAAAUCAU